GCCGCCCGCCGCCCGCCGGCAUGGGGGACAACACCAGCCCCAUCAGCGUGAUUCUCGUGAGCUCGGGGAGCCGGGGCAACAAGCUGCUGUUCCGGUACCCCUUCCAGCGCGGCCGCGAGCGCCGCGCGUCCCAGACGAGCCAGGCGCGCAGCAGGUACGCGGUCAACAGCAGCGGCGACCACGCCGACGACCAGGACGGCGACGCCAGGUUUUCAGAUGUCAUUUUGGCCACGAUUUUGGCCACCAAGUCCGAGAUGUGCGGCCAGAAGUUUGAGCUGAAGAUCGACAACGUGCGCUUCGUGGGGCACCCGACGCUGCUGCAGCACGCGCUGGGGCAGGUCUCCAAGACAGACCCGUCCCCCAAGAGGGAGGCGCCCACCAUGAUUCUCUUCAACGUGGUGUUUGCCCUGAGGGCCAACGCAGACCCCUCGGUCAUCAGCUGCCUGCACACGCUGUCCCGGCGCAUCGCCACAGUGCUGCAGCACGAGGAACGGCGCUGCCAGUACUUGACGCGGGAGGCCCGGCUGAUCCUGGCUCUGCAAGACGAGGCGUCUGCGGCCGCCGACGGAUGCGGGAGAGGCUCCCAGUGCUGGCCAUGCCACUGCAGCUUGCGCGAGACGGCUCUAGCCUGCCCUGUGCCUGGGGCUCUGAGUCUGGCUGUUGUCCCUGCAGCGGACGAGGGACCCCCGUCACCUUUCCACCACAUCCUGCCCAAGUGCAAGCUGGCCCGGGACCUCAAGGAGGCCUAUGACAGCCUGUGCUCUUCGGGGGUAGUGCGGCUGCACGUCAACAGCUGGCUGGAGGUGAGCUUCUGCCUGCCCCACAAGAUCCACCGAGCUGCGACCAGCCUCAUCCCGCCCGAGGCCAUCGAGCGCAGCCUGAAAGCCAUUCGCCCCUACCACGCCCUGCUGCUGCUGAGUGACGAAAAGGCCCUGCUGGCUGAGCUCCCGCUGGACUGUUCCCCGGCCCUGGUCCGCGUGGUCAGGACGGCCUCCGCCGUGAAGAACCUGCAGCAGCUGGCGCAGGAUGCGGACCUGGCUCUGCUGCAGGUGUUCCAGCUGGCGGCGCACCUGGUGUACUGGGGCAAGGCCAUCAUCGUGUACCCACUGUGCGAGAACAACGUCUACAUGCUGUCCCCGCAUGCCAGCGUGUGCCUGCACUCCCUGCUGGCCGAGCAGUUCUCCAGCCGCUUCCCGUCCCACGACCUGCCGUCCGUCCUGUCCAGGUUCUCCCUGCCUGUCUCCCUGUCAGAAUUUAGGAGCCCCCUGGCCCCCCCUGUGCAGGAGGUGAGUCGUGGGAGCUUGGGGGGCCAGGGCCACGGCAAUUGUUGCGCCUUGGCUUUGCAGGCUCAGGCUGUGUGGGCGCCAUGUGCCUUCCCAGGGCCACGCCAAUGCCAGCCCUUGGCCAGGCUGCCCAUGGACAGCUCCAGGCUGUGGUCGGCAGCAGUCAGGACGCAGCUCAUCCAGAUGGUGGUGUGGCUGCUGCAGCACCGGCUCCUCGUGCAGCUGCACACCUACGUGCGCCUGAUGGCCCCGCCCAGCCAGGCCCCAGCCCGCCCCCGGGAGGACGACGCGCCCUUUGCUGCGCGGGGCGGGGGCCGCAGCCUCAGCACACCCAACGCCCUCAGCUUUGGCUCACCGACCAGCAGCGAUGACAUGACCCUCACCAGCCCCAGCAUGGACAACUCCAGCGCAGAGCUGCUCCCCAGCGGGGACUCACCUCUGGACAAGAGGAUGACGGAGAGCCUGCUGGCCAGCCUGGCGGAGCACGAGCGGGCGGCCAUCCUCAGCGUGCCUGCGGCCCAGAACCCCGAGGACCUCCGCAUGUUUGCCAGGCUCCUGCACUACUUCCGCGGCCGCCACCACCUGGAGGAGAUCAUGUACAACGAGAACACCCGGCGCUCCCAGUUGCUCGCUCUGUGCGACAAGUUCCGCAGCGUGCUGGUGGUGGCUGCCCACGAGGACCCCGUCAUCGCCGUCUUCCAGGCCCUGCUCCCCUGAGCUGCUGCCCUGCCCUGUGGCCUUCACCCUUAUUGCCCACUGCCUGGGGCCACGCCACUCUUCCUGGGCUGCGUCUCAGCCCCCCUGGGAUGUCUGUCCCACGGGCCCACAUCAGCCUGGGGGGGUACUCUGGGCUGGCUCCGGGCACUCUGCUGUGGACAUGCUGACGCUGUCCAGGGGAAGGAGCUGACCGCGGCACAUGCCGAUUACGACAGGCUCUGGCUGGGACACGAGAGGCUGCCUCUCCAACGCAGCCUUUAUUUGGUUCUGAACGAUUAAAAGCCUUGUCCGGGCCCUGGCUCAGGCUUGUCCGUUCUGCUCAGCUGCUCUGUCUACCACGCUGACCCAGGGGCUGCCCCGGACGUAGAAACGCAGGGGUUUCAGGGCCCACUCCCCCGCCUGGCCAAUGCC